AGCCGCCGCGAUUCGCCGACCGUCAGUCGCUCAGGAGACUCGUUAACGUGCCGGGCUCACUUGAUCCGUGUUGCGGCCAGCCGUGCCAGUGCUUUUCUCGAUUUUAGUAUUCGUGCCCAUUCAUGCACCGCCUUGGAUUAAUAUUCGUUUCAACGUCACCAUCAAACAGUGCCAAGUGGAUUAAUAUGUAGUUCAAGCAAGUUUUGUGAUCAAACCCUUGUAGGAUUAAGUGGUGUUGCUUCUAGUGCGUCGUUGGUUCGUUUACACUGACCUAAACAGUCGUUAAAAGUGGUCGUGCCAAGGAUUAACGGCGUCAGAAAUGUGUGCUCUAGUCUGUGCGUAACUGCGACUGUGAUAGCGGUUUGGAUUAUAGUAUGUUGGAACACAGUGCUAUGUAUCUAAACGUUACUCCUCCAUACGAAGACGAGGCGGCGUCUUUCUUUCCAGAUUUAUAUUCCACACGGUUCAACUGUGAGCUGCACGAUCCGGUGUGGGCUGCCAAGAUGAGCGCUCUCACCGGAAUUAAACAGAAACGGAAAAAAGUUGAUAACAAACCCCAAACGCAAAUAAAUAAGUGCAAUAAUGAAAAGCUCAGAAGAGAGAAAGAAAACUAUUACAUAGAUGAGUUGGCCAACCUGAUCUCCGACAAUUUCUCGGACAUGAGCUCGCUCUCGGUCAAGCCCGAUAAGUGUGCCAUUCUCCAAGAAACUGUCAAUCAAAUUCGUAGGAUAAAACAACAGGAAAACGCGAACCAAACUACAGCCGAUCCUGUGCAACAAGGCGAAGUUUCUUCAUCAAGACCAACUAUCCUUUCCAAUGACGUAUUUGGACCAUUAUUAUUAGAGGCAUUAGAAGGAUUUUUAUUUGUUAUUAGCUCUGAUGGCAAAGUCGAGUAUGUUACGGAAAAUGUGUCCAACUACAUCAAGUACUCCAAGGACGAGGUCACGGGAAAGAGCAUUUACAAUUUCAUCCACCACGGGGACCACAACCAUUUUCAUACUAACUUACUGCCGAUGACAGUCGAGUGGAACGACCAACCAGCAGCCACUCGAUCCAAAUCUAUCGACAUUCGAUUUCUGGUCAAACAGCACGAAGAUUUGGACGAAACAGUUGAGGAGAAAACACAACGACUUUGCUCUUACGAGCUGAUGCACAUCUCCUCCACGCAGCUGCGCGAACAACUGUCCGUGUCCGACGAGGGCGACGCCAGCGACAACAACCCCUGCCUGCUUUGCAUCGCGAGCCGGAUCUCGCACCGCGACAAGGCCUCUUGCUCCUUCGAACAGUUCACCACCAAGCUAGACGCAACGGGCAAGAUCAUCGGCGUGGACACGUCCAACGUGGCCGAACCGCUCGGCCAGGUGCUGCGCAAAGACUUCAAGGACCGCGUGCUGCGCGACUUCGUGCCCGCGCAGGACCUUCACAGACUCAAUACGCAUCUCAGAGAGACGCUGAACAAGGGAACGUCGAUCAGUGCCGUGUACCGUAUACAGGUGGCGCCCGACAAUUACGUUAAGGUGCAGACUAAGUCGAAGUUUUUUAAGACGAACACGCACGCGAACAGUGAUACCGAUUUUAUUAUGGCUACGCAUUCGAUAAUUAGUGACGACGCUCUGGGUCCGGGCGACCCCGGCGGAGGGAACAUCGGCGGGCCCCUGAUGACCAGCGUGGUGAACGGGGCCGGCCCCGUGGUGACCCGCAACGGACCCUCUUCGGCCGGCAGCGGCAGCGACCCCACGCCGCCCUCUUCUUCGGGGGCGCUGAUGCAGGCCACCGCCGCCGACUACACACCCCAGUACCUGGAGCCUGACGACUUCAACAAUUUCGACUUUCCCUCGUCCACGUGGACCGAUCUCGGGACGGGAUGGAGCGAGGCCACCAGGUCGGAGUCGAGGCAGAGCGUCACUCCGGUCUCUACACCGACGCCGAGGCCGCCUAGCAAUCCUUCGUACAGCAACACCCCUACGGUGGUUCAGAGUCCUCUGGCUCAUUUUUCGGCUCAGCAAAGUCCGGCCAAUCAAGCUCAACAGCAACAACAAAAUCAGAACAGCAACUUUAAUCCGUUCAGCUUGAUGGAGGAUUAUUCUGAACAGAAUUGUUACCCAGUCGAGGAACAGAAAGAUACCAAAGCUAAUGUGUUAGAAGAAGCAGCGAGUCUUGCUGAUUCUCAUAGAUUACGAAUUCUUCUUACCAAUCCGCCGACUUCGAGCGCUAACAGCAAUAGUUCUAGCUCGCAGCAGGACGAGAAUCGCGAUCGUAUUUUAAAGGAGUUGCUAAAUCAACAGGACGAUGAUCAGGGUAACAGGGUGGACAACAGGAGCAGUCCGCGAGGUUUGAUGAGUAGGGGACAGAUGGGACUGCCGCCAGAACCACCCAAAGCUAGUACUUCGACGACGGGGAAUAACAUGCUACGACAGCUCCUCAACGACAAGAGCGACGAUGACGAUAUCGAAGCGAAGACGGGCAUGAAGAAGCCGAGCGAGCUUCUUCAGCAGCUCCUGAAAAAGGGUACGGACGAUGACGACGACAAGAAGAACGACAACGGUCCCCAAGAGGACACGCUUCUGCGCAGUCUCGGCUUCCCGCCUGGAUCGCCCGCGGAACGGCGAGGUUCCAAGAGAUCCCUGGACGAGAAGGACGACAGGGAUGCCAAGAGAGCCAACGACGGUUCGCAGGUAUCCUCAUCUGGUUCAUCAUCUUCGAGCGAACUGUGCAAGAGAAACAAGAUGCUCGCUUCGCUAUUGGCCAAACAGACGCCAGCUCCCCCUUCUAUACCGCCCAUUCCUCAAAGUGUGAUCUCCGCUACGCCUCAGGACAAACUGCCUACUGUUUACACCGAUUCUUCCAAACUGAGAGGAAACUCUAUUGCCUCUAAUAAUAACAUAAGACCUAACAACGCCAGCCGUCUUGUCGGACGACCUCCAACAAACUACCUCAAUAACAAUGUUCAAAGACCUUCAGGCCAGCUUUCUGGCAUGUAUACUAACCAAGCUACUUCAACUUCGGAUAACAACAACUGGGUUGAUAACAAUAACCUUCAAGCGAACAUCUUCGAUCCUGACUUGUCCGAACUUUUGGAUCAAGUAAUCGACAUCGUUCCCGAAGAUUUGGAAGUCAACGAAGCCCAGCAGCCGAAUAAUUUCCUCAGCGAAACGGCCGCCAUUAAUAUAAUCGAAAACUCGUUGAGACAGUACGAAUCCGCUGUGAAAAGUCCAACAUCUCCCAAUAUUUCACUUCCUGCUAGACCGCCAGCCUAUCCUGCAAAUGUAUCUUCGCAGAAUAAUUUGGGAUAUCCACCGCCACCCAAUUAUCCACAGAAUAAAUACCAAAGGCCAAUAAACGUGCGCUCUGGGGCUGGACCACCUUAUGGUACUGCGAAUAUCACCAGCGCGCAUUCACUUUUAAUUGCGCAACAAAGAAGAUUGCAGUUGCAAGACAAGCAACGGCUUUUACAGCAACAGAAACAACAGCAGCUUUUAAUUCCGUCCAAUGCCACAGCUACAGAAAUGAACUCAAUCCAAAACAUUGACAGUUUACUGAACAACACUGUGGCCCCAAAUGUGUCGUUACAGCGAUCUAAUAGCGUACCAGAGUCUCAACUGUCUCCAAACUAUAACGCACAGUUACAGAAUUCAAAUUCGGUAAAUAAACGAUUAGUUUUAAAAUAUGAGCUUUCUCAAGCAAACCAAAGAGGCGUUCCUCAACAACCUCAACAGCAACCACCUUAUUCACCUCAUUCACAGUUACCCUCUCCUCUGAAUCAGCAGAGUUUUCAGCCGCAAACCACCGUGGGCAAUUAUAACCAGCAAGCUGCCAGGCUUUCGCCUCAAUCGCAGUACAGCGCCCAAUUGUCGCCAAGACAGGGCUAUCCUCAGGGUAAUGGUGCGGGAUCGGCCAACUGGUCCCAGCAACGGAUCAGCGUUCAGCAAAAUCCUAUGUUAAAUGCUCAAUUAAUGGGAAGUCUAACAGGCGGCCGCAAUUUUCAGAGACCUCCCACUCAGUCGCAACAACAACAGAGGUCGCUGAAUAGUCCGGGACUGCAGGCGCCGAGACAUUCGCCAUUCGCUGGUGAUCAGUUUCCACCGCCAACUUCUCCAAACUCUACGUUCAACCAGACCCAAUACUUGCAGAGACUGCAGAGGGCCAAUAGCGUACCUACCACCAGUACGAAUCAGAUGACAGGUGGGCUGGGUUCGCCCAGACCGUACCCGGGCAACCAGGCCCCUCCACACUACCCCUCCAACCCCUUACAAUCCAUCCCUCCCGCCCCCAUGCUGUACCCGCAACAGGACGCGCCCUAUAAUUGCUACGAACAACCGCAAGGGGCGCUAGGCUAUGAGCGCAGGGGCAGCGCUCCCCCGCACCUUCCGCCCGGUAUCGCCAGCAGUGGUCCAACGUCAGAAUUUGUCAGACAGGAACUGCGCGCUGUGGUAGGUGCCCGUACUGGUCAAUCGCAAAGCGCCGGCACUCCACGAUCCAGCACUCAACAGGUCCAGCAACUGCAACAGAUGGCGCAACAACAAGCCGUCGAUCUGGAGAGUUUGGGACUUACAUUCGAAAUGCCUUCCGGUGCGAGCGAAAGCCCAAAACUUUGGGGUACAAUGGGGUCAGAAAUGGGUUCAAUAUCUGCGCAGCCGGCCACUUCCAGGACUACUAUGGAGGAAGGUCGACCAGGUGAUACGAAAACUUCAUUGUUACAACAAUUGCUGUCUGAUCAAAGUAAAUAAUCAGUCACGAAAAUUGAAGUGUCUUUGAUGUUAAACAUGUGUUUUAGAAAGAAUCUGUCUAUAUAUUCAUAUGUAAACUAUUGUUAAGAACCAAGCUAUGUUACAUUAUUGUUUAUAAUAUAUGUCAACCAAAGAUGUCGUGUAUACGUGAACCUGUUGUCACCCAUAUUAUUGCUCAUAUGUGAUUGUAUUUUCCGUAUUUCGGCAGAGUCAACUAAAACACUUGUUAUAUGAUAUUUAUCAUUGUAUUUAACCCUAUAGAGUAAUCCUAUUUAGGUUUUAUUUACAACUUAUCUGUCAGAGUGAUGAUAAUUGAGAUGUACAUACAAAUAGGAUAAUGCAAAGAGAUAUUUCUACUAGGUACCUCAUGGGUUACGUACCGCAGGCUGUAAUCUAGACAGGUUAGCUGUAUCAAAAGUGCAUUACAUAUUGCUUGUUGUAUAAUAUGUUUAAUAGGGUAAUGCGGGGCGAUGAAGAGGCACUGGGCUCGAGUGCAAUUGUAUAUAGUUAAGACGUGUUAAUAUUUAUGUAAUAUUAAAUUUUAUGGCAGGACUUCUGUUCAAGUGAUUUUUUAACACAUUAAGAACGAUAACGUUGUCCAGGUUAUCUUAGAACGAAUAAAUCAUUUUUUAAUUUUCUUUACAACAUUAAAUAUUUCAGCUAAAACAGUUCAGUGAUCUCUAACAAAUUCUCAGAUAAUCGGGACAACCUUGUUGUGUCGCCCUGAUUUUAUGCAGAAUAUUGAGCUACGCAUUACCAAAACUUUUUUUAAAUAGUAACUGUUAAUAUUUUAUACAUAAUUUAAAGUAUGUUAUUUGAAAGAGUCGUUUUUGUUGGACAUUGUGAUAGGCAACCGCCAUGUUACUGUUGCUAGGGUUGAUCCUAGGAAUUAUUUUAGAGAAAAUAGCAUUCAUACUUGAUUAUAUUGUCAAUUACCCUUCUCCCCUCAAAGCCACUAAAUUAAAUAGAAAUAUAUGAAGAACAAAUUAACAGACAAAAACAUUAUUUAAUUACACAAAUAUUUUUUGUACAUUAUUGGAGUUUUGAAAAUAUAUUGAAUAAAAUAUAAACAUUA